AUGGAUUUUCUCUACGAGAAAAACCCACUGGCGGAUGUUGAAACGGCCGAUACCCGCAGUUUAGCCAGGGCAAUCGAUGCAGCGACCUGGUCGGCAUUUCUGCAAGUUCCGUUUGCUGAAUGGGUUUUGAAAGCAACUGGGCGCAACGCACAUGUGGUGGAUACGUUCCUUUGGUACCAUGAAAUGCUCAGCAUCAUCUCCGAAGUAAACCAUUUUGCACGCUCGAUAAUAUCGAGCAGCAUCGAAUCGCUGAACGGACGGCUUGUGACCUGUGAUCUGAAUAUCGGCUUCAUCGUUGGACCUCUGCGUGAUCUCCCAACCGUUGACCUGACUCCGGACAUAUUGUACCUCCUGGAUAUUCGCUUUCAGCGGACUUAUCAUCGACAAUGGGAUUACAAUGAGAUGGCAGAGUUUCGAACUGACACCUCGCUUUUCCGCGGCAUUCAUCACACACUGCCUGGAUUACUAGCCAGUUCAAUGACAGAAAACGACCUGAGGUCCUUCCGCGACGAUUAUGCCCUCAUGUUCAUGGAGGACAAGGGCAUCCACAGGUGGCUCGAUGCCUUGGGUCACUCUUGGAAUCGUCGAUGUGAAGACGUUGCCGACGGUCUUCAAACUGACUUAAAGCACGGUGCUGCACCAUCCUCCCUGGAGUACAAAAAGGAUCUGCGGGGCGUAAUGUGUACAAUCGAAGAACUAUUCGUGUUUAGGUCUUACAUCGCCGACACGAGCAAGGAGGAGCUACCGGAGAAUGAGCUUGGCUACCAAUUAGAGUUGAAAUUCACGUGGGCUUCCCCUCAUGAUUCAGUGCGGUCUCGAGUCCGCAAGGCCCCGCGCCAUCAUGCGCGGAAUCACAUCGUCAUGGAAACUAAGGUUGAGACAGCAUCUGGUGUCACGCUGGACCUCCAUCAGGAGGGUGAUAAAGUACUUGAGGCUUUUAACUCGGAUGGAUAUGUUAUAUUUAAGGGCGCUGCCGACACUUAUUCCAUGGAGGAGGCUAUAGAGAACAGGCCCGUUCGUCAUUUUCUUGCUGCAACGGGCUCCGACUUCAAAUGCAUAAUGUGCCAACAUAUUGUCAACUCCGUAAUUGAGAAGUCCGCGAUCGACCGCUCGCCUCAGUGGGAGAGGCUAUCAAAAAAGCCAGAGGUCAUUGCAGUGACCUGCUUUCACCUUCUCGGCGACGAUAGUUCGUGUUGGGAAUGGGAAUACGACACAAGCGGCCGGGGUAAAGCGCUUGGGCGAACAAAGGUUGUCAGCGCCCGUGGAUCAUGUGCAAUGGUUGGCUAG